AAGACUCGAAUGUUUUAGGCUGUGAGCAACAGGCAAAGCUUUGAAUUGAAGAAGUAGAAGGAAGGAAUACGUACGUAAUUUCUUCAUCACUCAUCAUUGUGUGGGUAGGUUUGAAUGGGGAGUAAGGAUGAUGCUGUGAAAGAGACACUGAUAGUAGAUGCUCGGGCAAGAAAUAUCAGUCACAAUGUGAGAUGCACCGAAUGUGGGAGUCAAUCCAUUGAAGAUUCUCAAGCAGACAUUGCCAUUCUUCUUAGGAAGUUAAUCCGAGAUGAAAUUCGUUCUGGAAAAAGUGACAAGGAGAUCUUCAAAAAGCUUGAAGAAGAUUUUGGAGAGACUGUACUCUAUACACCAAAGUUUGAUAUGCAGACAGCAGCUUUAUGGUUAUCACCGGUCAUAGUUGCUGGUGCAGCUGUUGGAAUAUGGGCUUAUCAAAAGCAUAAACAAAAGACUAAUGUUCAUAUCAUGGCUCUGAACCUUGUUAGAGGUGUUCCGUUGACCCCAAGAGAGAAGGAAACGAUGCUUGAUGUUCUUACACCGCCUGCUUCACAGGGAUUUAAGUCACAGGAAGACAAGACUUCCUUCUGGUGGAGGAGAUUGCGAGAUUUGCAAGAAGGAUAAGUGCGCAAAAGGUUACUGUGUGGGAGUCUAAUAUGCCUUCCAAGUAGACGUAGCGUGUGUUUGGAUUUCCAGCCACUCACAAUGCCAACAUGUGGCUCAUACAUAGCUCCCAUUUAUUGCUUCAAGAAGUCACAGUAAAAAUGGUCAAAAUGCCAUUGGAAUGUGAGAAUAACAAAGGUAAGUCAUGCUUGUUUCUAUUCUAAUUUACUGCUUUCAAUUAUGUCUUGUUUGAAGAAGGGUUGGUUCAAGGUAAGUGAAGUCAGCAAGCUAGCCUAUUCCUAUGUCCAGUUGAGUGGGCUGCCUGUUGACUUUAACACCAUUGCGUUAUUAGAAGAUAAAUGCUCUAGCUUGUGGAUGUUGUGUAAUGCAUCCAUAACCAUUAAUUUAUUCUUAUAGACCAAAA